AUUAGAGCGAUGGACUCGAGUAACUUCUUCUUUUGUUGCAUAUCUUCAGCUCACUGGAGAGCUUUGAGAAAGGUUUCAAGACAAUGGAGGUCACGACUCUAUCUGUCUUUUCCAUUAAUAAAACCACUUCAACUGGAGAGGACUUCAACAACUCAAAUGUCCUUUUUGGGAACCAAACAAGCGAUCCAUACGCUCAGCUGAGGCAUUCUCUCAAUAUCAUGUCAAUUGUCAUUUACUCCCUGGCUUUCGUCCUGGGUGUGCUGGGCAAUGGCGUCGUUAUCUGGGUAACUGGAUUCAUGAUGAAGAAAACCGUUAACACAGUAUGGUUCCUCAACCUUGCCGUGGCUGACUUCCUCUUCACAGCCUUCCUUCCUUUGAGUGUGGUGUACACUGCUCUACAAUUCCACUGGCCCUUCGGGACAUUCAUGUGUAAGCUAAGUAGUGCAGUUAGUGCUCUCAACAUGUUCGCCAGUGUUUACAUCCUGAUGGUGAUCAGCAUUGACCGAUGCGUGUCUGUGGUGUUCCCUGUUUGGGCCCAGAAUCACCGUAGUGUCCAGAAGGCUUCCCGUGUGAGUGUGUGUGCUUGGGUGUUGGCACUGAUUCUAAGCACUCCGUUCUUCGUCUUCAGGGACACAGGCCCAUCGUUCUUCAGUGAAGAUGUCAUUAACUGCUUCAACAACUUUGUAUUUUCUGAUGACUUUACACCAGCGCUGAAUCAGCUCCGAUUGUUCCGCCAUCAGGCCAUAACAGUGACUCGCUUCCUCCUGAGUUUUGCUAUCCCCUUCACCGUCAUUGUCUCCUGUUACGCUGUCAUCAUCCAUCGCCUCAGAAAGAAUCCCAACCUGGCCAGCCAAUCAAGCCGCACCUUUAAGAUUAUUGCUGCCGUUAUAAUUGUUUUUUUCCUCUGCUGGGCUCCCUUUCACAUCCUUGUUUUAAUGGAGCUAACCAGUUACAAGUACACAAGUGUAGUAUUCCAAAGUGUCGUAACGCUCGGGCUCCCAUUUGCCACGAGCUUGGCCUUCAUCAACAGCUGCCUCAAUCCACUGCUCUAUGUGUUCAUGGGACAAGAUUUCAAGGCUAAAGUUUGCAAAUCCAUUGUAAAAGCACUGGAGACUGCUUUUCAGGAAGAAGGCUCUCAUGCGGACUCAAAGACAGUUGAAACCAGUCAGGGCAAUGAAAAUAGUCACGUUUGAGUCUCUUGAAGACACGGUUCCAACAGAUACAGAAACAUCACAUUGCAAAGAAUUGCAACAAAAAUGUAAAUGUUGCUGUUUUAGCUUUUGCAGUCUUUAUUCGUAGUUUGGGUGUCUAAAUCUUGACUUGAACCACUGGCUUAAUGAAUACAGGUACAUCUCAAUAAUUUGGAAAAGUAUAGAAAAGUUAAUUUCUUUCAGUACUCAUACAUUAUAUUAUACACUUGAGAAAAUACUUUUCAGAGGGAAAAUUCCUGCCUAAUUUCAAGAUUAAAAAUAAUUGUCAUUGUUUGUUGAAUUUUUUUUUUUUUACACAAUUUUCCAGUUUUUAGAAAUGAAGGAUUUGAGGUUUUCAUUUGCUGUAAGCUAUAAUCAUACAUAUAUUCUAAAAAACAUCCUGAAAUAUUUCACUCUGAGUGUCCGUGGUGCUUAUCUAUAAUGAGUUUCACUUUUUGAAUUGAACUAACUCAACUCCUGACACUAUUCUAAUUUAUUGAGAUUUACCUGUAUAUUGUUCCUGCAUGUUGUGUUAAAAAUGCAUGGCUAAAUAACCAAUUAAAUUGUGCAUCUCCAUUUGUUGAUUGCUUUUCUUUGUUUUAAUAAACCAAGUACAAACAACCUUAGGUUUAAGCAGAAAGUGUGGUGGUAAAAGUACACUUUUUAAAUCAUUGAAUGGAUUGUGACAGAUCCAGCGUCAUUACAGGUAAGCUGGAGCCUAUCCAAGCUGACUUUGGCGAGAGGUAGAGUACAACCUGAACUUGUGACAAGCCAAUUGCACAGAACGUAUAGACAAACAACAAUUCACACUCACAAGCGCCAUGGAACAUUGAAAGUCUUCAAUAAACCUAACAUGCAUGUUUAUCCGAGGAAGCCAGAGUACCUGGAAAAAAAGUAUUUUCUUUUUCAUGGUUUGUUUUUGUCUUUUGUAUUGUUUUUGUGACAGUGGCCACUGUAUGUUCGACUG